AUGAUGGAUUCUUUAGCUAAAUGCUUCAACGGACUUCAAGAAAGGUACGAGAGCGUUCUAGAAGCAAAACCCAUUUACAGAGAUGACUUAGAGUUAUCUUUGCCUCUGAAUGGAUCAGAGGUUUCAGUAGAACCCACCAAAAAGUCUCGGUGCUUGCAGAGAGCCAAAAGGAUUGACAAGUCCCUGAGGUUCGAGGAGGAAGAGGAAGAGAUGGCAAAGCCUCUGCCUAAGAAAGAAGGUCAAAAGCCACGUAAGGUUGUGAGGUUUCAGUUAGAGAAUAAUAAAAUCCUCGAGCCGAAGAAGCCGGUGAGGUUCGAUCUUGAUCAAGAACUCGAACCAAAGGAGAAGCCUCUGGAAGAGAAAGAGUGUCUGAGUAUGGUUAAAGGGAAGGAGGAAGUUGUGAGAGUAAAGAUCAAGAUGACGAAGCAGGAAGCUCAAAGGCUACUGUCGAAAUGCAAAAACGACAGCGUUUUGGAUUUUGACCAUGUAGUGGACCAGAUCGCACACGUCCCGGUUCAUCAGCUUCAAGUCGCUGUGGUUGUGGUUGCUUGCAAUAAUGAGCGACAAGGAAAUGGCUGCUGGUUAUCCCAGAUGGAAUAA